AUGGCGAGGAGGAGAAGAGAGGAGGACGAGGACGAGGCGGCGGAGUCGGUGGAGCGGGUGUUCGAGGGGCGGGUGGUGCCGGGGUGGCGGGAGCAGGUGACGGCGCGGGCGCUGGCGGUGAGCGCGCUCCUGGGCGCCAUGUUCAGCGUCAUCGUCAUGAAGCUCAACCUCACCACGGGGAUCAUCCCCUCGCUCAACGUCUCCGCGGGGCUCCUCGGCUUCUUCUUCCUCACGUCAUGGACCAAGCUGCUCGACAAGGCCGGCGUCGCGCGCGUCCGGCCCUUCACCCGGCAGGAGAACACCGUCGUGCAGACGUGCGUCGUCGCGUGCUCCGGCAUCGCAUUCAGCGGCGGAUUUGGGAGUUACAUGUUCGCAAUGAGCGACACGAUCAGCGACCAGUCGGGGGAAACCCGGGACGAGCACAACAUCAAGAACCCCAGCCUGGGAUGGAUGAUUGGAUUCCUCUUCAUCGUCAGCUUCCUCGGACUCUUCUCGGUUGUCCCUCUCAGGAAGGUACAUCAUACUGCACAUCAUCAAUGAAGACAUGGUUUGGAACAUGAUGAUGUUGAUGAUGUCCACUGUUUUCAGAUAAUGAUCAUCGAUUACAAGCUUAUCUACCCGAGUGGCACCGCAACUGCCCACCUCAUCAACAGCUUCCACACUCCUCAGGGCGCCAAGCUUGCCAAAAGGCAGGUCAAGACACUGGGGAAAUUCUUUGUCGCGAGCUUCACCUGGGGCUUCUUCCAGUGGUUCUACACCGGCGGCGAAGGCUGCGGCUUCAUGUCCUUCCCGACGAUGGGCCUCGAGGCCUACAGACAAAAGUUCUUCUUCGACUUCUCAGCGACGUACGUCGGAGUCGGGAUGAUCUGUCCUUACCUCGUCAACAUCUCCGUGCUCCUGGGAGGCGUCGUCUCGUGGGGCAUCAUGUGGCCUCUCAUCGAGCAGAAGAAGGGCGACUGGUACUCCGCCGACCUUAAACCCAGCAGCCUCCGUGGCAUCGUCGGCUACCGGGUGUUCAUCUCCAUUGCACUGAUCCUGGGCGACGGCCUGUACAACUUCUUGAAGGUUAUGACCAAAACGGUCUCCGCGCUCGUGGCGCAAGUGCGCGGGAUGAUGUCGGAGCCGACGCUGCCAAUCUCGGGCGGCAGCGGCGGCAACACCACCGUCCCGACGCCGGAGGAAACGUUCGACGACAGGCGCCGCACGGAGCUGUUCCUUAGGGACCAGAUCCCGAACACGCUGGCGCUCGGCGCGUACGUGGUCAUCGCCGUAAUCUCCAUCGCCACCGUCCCGCGUAUAUUCCACCAGCUCAAGUGGUACCACGUGGCGGUGUCGUACGUGAUCGCGCCCGUGCUGGCCUUCUGCAACGCGUAUGGGUGCGGCCUCACGGACUGGUCCCUCGCCACGACGUACGGCAAGCUAGCCAUCUUCACGGUGGGGGCGUGGGCUGGCGCGUCCGACGGCGGCAUCAUCGCGGGGCUGGCCGCAUGCGGCGUGAUGAUCGGCAUCGUGUCCACGGCGUCGGACCUGACCCAGGACUUCAAGACCGGUUACAUGACGCUGGCGUCGCCGCGGUCCAUGUUCGUGAGCCAGGUGAUCGGCACCGCCAUGGGCUGCGUCAUCGCGCCGUCGGUGUUCUGGCUCUUCUACAACGCCUUCCACGACAUCGGCAUGCCAGGGUCCGAGUACCCGUCGCCCAACGCUCUGGUGUACCGCAACAUGGCCAUCCUCGGCGUGCAGGGGCUCGGCUCCCUGCCCCGGCACUGCCUCGACCUCUGCAUCGCCUUCUUCGUCGCCGCCAUCGCCAUCAACCUUGCACGAGACCUCGCCGGACCCAAGGCCGCAGCGUACAUCCCGCUGCCGAUGGCCAUGGCGAUCCCGUUCUACCUCGGCCCCUACUUCGGCAUUGACAUGUGCAUCGGGAGCCUGGUGCGCUUCGUGUGGGACAGGCUGGACCCCGCCAGGGCGAAGGCGUUCGCGCCCCCCGUGGCGUCCGGGCUCAUCUGCGGCGACGGGAUAUGGACGCUGCCGCAGUCGGUGCUGGCCCUCGCCGGCGUCAAGCCGCCCAUCUGCAUGAAGUUCCUGUCACGUAGCACCAACGCGAAGGUGGACGCGUUCCUGCGCACGCUCUCGUCCUAGCGAGAGACCGAUCGAGCUGACACAGCAACAUCAACACGUUGCGCUGGCUACAAACGUAGGGGCUCGUGUCUUGUUCCCUUUUGGAAUCAGAUGCUUUCGAUGUGUCAUACACACUACUGCAUAAAUAGCUACUACUCAAUUUGGGUCGGUGAACUCUGAGCUUCUCAACUGUGCGUGAAGUGCCCUUUUUGUAGGAGAAAUUACCUUUUGAGCUGCACACUCGCAUGAAUGGAUCGGUGGUUGUUGCCACUCCCAUUGUUCCUUCGUUCUUGCAUGUAACUUGAGUAGUAGCCAGUAGUAUGUAGCUUAGG